AUGCAAGACAGCGGAGCAAAACAUGAAAUCGUGGAGGACAAGGAAAAGAACAUUUUGUUCUUUGGAUUUAAUCAAUUGAACAGCCUUUUUGCUGUCGGUACAGAACAAGGUUUUUAUGUAUAUUCUACCCAGAACUUGAAGGAAAGAACCAAGAUGUUAUUCAAUGGAGGAAUUGGCAUUGUAGAGAUGCUUUUUAAAUCCAACAUUUUCGCAUUGGUUGGCGGUGGACCAAGACCAGCUUUCAACCCUGAUCGUGUUAUUUUGUGGGAAGACAGCCAAAAAAAGUGUAUAUCAGAAAUAUUGACUGGCAACAAACCAAUCAAGGCUGUAAAAUUGCAAAAGAAUUUAUUGGUUGUUGUUUUGGAGGAUCAAGUCAUUGUGUACGAUCAUGACAUUAAAGAACGAGGACGAGAUCAUACCACUGAAAAUCCAAAUGGAUUGGUUGCAAUUUCUCCUGACACCGAACACAUUGUUUUGGCAUAUCCCUCUGUACAAAUUGGAAUGGUGGUGGUGAAUCAUUUAAGUUCAUUUCCAGAACAAAAGGUGCAUAUUUUAGCACAUAAUUCAAAAAUUGCACAAAUCGCUCUCAACAGAGAUGGAACUCGAUUGGCAACAGCUUCAGAAAAAGGAACUUUAAUUAGAGUGUUUGACACUAAAUCCAAAGAAAUGGUUAAAGAAGUGAGAAGAGGAUCAAAACAAGCUCGUAUCUAUUCUAUCGCCUUUUCUGAUGACUCUAACUUUUUAGCAUGCUCUUCUGAUACUGGAACAAUUCACGUAUUUUCUCUGGUCGACAAGACUCAUAAUAGAACUUCAAGUUUUUCAUUUGUUGGAGGUUAUAUUGCAAAUAUUUUCAACAGUGAAUGGAGCUUUGGUGAAUAUCGUGGUGGAGAAGACGGGCUUGCCAACGUCCCCACACUUGUUUCUUUUGCUCCCAGAAAAGCUGAAGAUGACCAAACUGUUUCAGUUAAUGUUCUGACAGCACGAGGAGAAAUCAUCACUCUAACAUUUGACGUGAGUGGAGCUCAACAAACAAGUCCAACCUCUGUGCAAAAGAGGUCCUUCCUUGCCAACAACAGCAACAACGAAUAA